AUGAAUAACACUCCACAUAUAAAAAAUUUAUACUCGGAGCCUUCGAAUAAAUUAUUCGGAGAUUUAAGAAUCUGCACAAGAGCUACGGAAUCAUGUGGAAUAGCAUGUAGUACCGUAUAUUUAGCGACUCCAUGGGAAGUUGAAGGAGGUGGAAUGCUUGGGGUUAUUAGAUUAAAGGAUCAAAUUAAAAAUCCUCCAGUAAUAAAAAUGAAAGGUCAUACAGCUAACAUAUUGGAUUUAUCCUUUAAUCCAUGCUAUAGUAAAAUUAUUGCAUCAAGUUCAGAAGAUUUAACUGUUAGAAUUUGGGAGUUACCUUAUGAAGAUGAGAAUAUAACAGAAAUUACUAACCCUGCUUGUAUUUUAAAAGGACACAAAAAAAAAGUUUCAAUUAUUGAUUGGAAUCCCAUGAGUUACUAUAUUUUAGCUUCUACAGCUUUUGAUUCCUUUUUAAAUAUAUGGGAUAUAGAAAAUGAAAAAAAAGCUUUUCAAAUAAAUAUGCCUAAAAAAUUAACUUCUUUAAAAUGGAAUAUUAGAGGAAAUUUGUUAAGUGGUGCAUGUCUUAAUAAAAAUUUACAUAUCAUUGACCCAAGAAAAAAAGAAAUUUGUUUCAGUUUUGGUGUGCAUAAUGGAGGUAAGAGUGUAAAAAGUACAUGGAUUGAUGGAUUAUGUGGAGAUGAUAACUGUGUUUUGAGUACUGGUUUCUCAAAAGAUAAUAUGAGGGAAAUAAAACUAUGGGAUCUUAAAAAUACAUCAACCCCACUUACUUCUAUAUCUUUAGAUAAUGCUUCAGCACCUUUACUUCCUUUUUAUGAUGAAACCUUAGGAAUAGUUUACCUAAUUGGAAAAGGUGAUGGUAAUUGUAGAUAUUAUCAAUAUUUACAAGGUAAUAUACAUAAAGUAGAAGAAUAUAAAUCCAAUUUACCUUUUAGAUCAUUUGGUUUUUUACCAAAACAGAUGUGUGAUAUAUAUAAAUGUGAACUUGGAAGGGUUUAUAAAAAUGAAAAUAAUAAUUCCAUAAGACCUAUAUCUUUUAUUGUUCCUAGAAAAAAUUCUUCUGUUUUUCAAAAGGACUUAUAUCCUCCUAUAAUUGUUCAUGAUCCUGAGUAUGAUUCAAAGAAUUGGGUGGAUGGAGUAGAUUUAGAUAUUAAAAGAAUAGGAAUAAAUGAACUGACAAAUGAUGAUUUAAAAAUUACUAAAAAAUUUAAAAGCAUUCCUCAAUCAUUUAAAAGUAUUAUCAUACAGGAUCCCAUAGCACCUAAAAAGAGUUCCAUUAUUAGACAAUUUACAAAAAGGUUAACUUUUUUUAAAAAGAACAACGAACACGACAAUUCAUUAGAAAGCUUGAAUGGUGAUAUAAUUAUAUGUAACAACAGUUUUAAAGAAGAUGAGAUAUCAAAAAUUGAGAAAGAUAAUAAGUUUUAUUAUGAAGAAUAUGAAAAAAACAAAAAAUAUAUAAAAUAUCUUGAAAAUACUAUAAAUAACCUGAAAAAACAGAUUAAAAAUAAAGAAGACAGUACUAAAACUAAUGAAAGAGGAAACAAAAUUAAAGACAAUCUUAAUAAAUUUUUUGAUAAUGUUACGCAUAUGAAAUUAUGCAAAAAAAGAAAUAAGUUUCUAAAUGAAGAUAAUGAGACAUGGAGUCAAAAUGAAGUGGAGGAAACAAAAGAAUAUGAACAAUUAGAGCAGUGUACUUAUGAAAAUAAGGAAAUAGCUGAAUAA